AUUUGUUUUUUGGAUUUUAAGUUUCUUGCUUUUUUUAUUACAAAUUCAAGUUUAAAAUUUAAAAAAAUUAUUCUCCUAUAACAAUGUGGUCAAUGCAAUUAUCUAUAAUAACUUUUAACGUUUGGGGUAUACCAUUCAUAUCUUCAGAUCGAAGUGCUCGCAUAAUUGAUAUUGCCAUACAGUUAAAUACGGGUAACUAUGAUAUUGUUUCGCUGCAAGAGGUUUGGUCGGAAAACGACAGCAGAUUAUUACAAAAUAUGACAAAAAAAGUACUUCCGUAUGCCCAUUACUUUUAUAGUGGUGUCAUGGGCUCUGGACUUUUGGUAUUAUCGAAAUUUCCCAUUGUGAGUUCAAUCUUCCAUGGAUGGACUGUUAAUGGUUAUUUCCAUCGCAUACAACAUGCCGAUUGGUUCGGUGGAAAAGGCGUAGGUCUAUGUCGUAUACGCGUCGCGAAUGAUAGAUACGUGCAUGUCUAUAAUGCUCAUCUCCAUGCUGAAUAUAAUAUCAAAAAUGAUGAUUAUAAAACACAUCGAGUUUUACAAGCAUUUGAUACGGCUCAAUUUAUUGAUGCUACUCGUGGCGACUCGAUGGUUCAAGUUUUAGCCGGCGAUUUUAAUGCUAAACCUGGAGACCUUUCUUAUGGUAUUCUUUUACAUAUAUCCGAGAUGAUAGAUACGUGCAGUUCGGAAUUGAUAGCAACAUAUGAAUGUAAGGAUAAUGCUUAUACUUCAAAGGCUGCUUUGGCUAAAAAUUCAACUGGUCAACGUAUCGAUCAUAUUUUUAUGCGUAAUAGUGAUGAUAAAGUGAAAGCAAGCGUUAUGGAAUAUAAACUUCCAUUGCCGCCUCGUGUGCCAGGAAAACGUUAUAGUUAUUCCGAUCACGAAGCAGUACAAGUCAAACUUAAAAUAGAAGAACUGCAGGAAGCAGAUAUAACGCGUCUUAUUAAGAACAAUCAUUAUGAAUGUGGAAGAAACGUUUAUUAUACCACCUCAAAUGGAUUUAUGGCCGCUUCGGAAAAAAAGAACACUGGACAUUUUUACGUAGUAGAUACUUUACUGCAGAUGGCAUUGAUUAACGAAGGGAUAACUGUGUGCGAGAGACAUUUAAAACAAUUGUAUCGUGAUCGUAUCGCUUAUUUAUGCGUCGCUCUGUUUCUGUUGAUUGGCUUUUUAUUUAUGUCCGAGUUUCCUGUGACUUAUGUUUAUCGAACUAUUUUUAUUUUGCUUAAACUAGUAACAUUCGGUAUUGUGCUGUACUGUUUGUUUAUGGGCACCCUAUGGAAUCUAAUCGAGCGUCAUGGUACAAUGUCGGGUAAAACUGCAAUGGAAAUUAAGUUGGGCGGUUUACAACUAGCUGAACGGGAAUUUUAUGCAAUUUAGAUUGCGUUGCGGGCCAGUUUUUCCGAAUAUUUUUUUUGUUUUUUCUUCACGAUCUCACUACCACCUAUCUACCUUUACAUUAAAUGAAAUGGCUCAAUAAGCAUUUAACAUAAACUUCCGAUCUAAACAAUUUCUUUAGACAGCCAAAUUAUUUCAUAAAUGUUUAAAACUUAUCGUCAUUCGCUUUUAACGUUUAUAUACGCAUAUACAUAAUUUAUAUAAAUGAUAAAUAUUUUAGUAAAUAAACUUUAAAACUCUUUUACUUAUAUCGAAAGAUGAAAGCUUUUUUUUUCUUUUUUUGAAGG